UUCGUACGACUGUCUCCUGGACGACCCGUUCAAACACGACUGGCCCCAGCUGCCGGAGCUGCCAGGAAUCAACUACUCCAUGGAUGAACAGUGUCGCUUCGACUUCGGAGUCGGAUACAAAAUCUGCACAUCAUUUCGCACAUUUGACCCAUGUAAGCAGCUGUGGUGCAGUCACCCUGACAACCCAUACUUCUGCAAGACCAAAAAAGGCCCUCCUCUGGACGGGACUGAGUGUGCUCCUGGGAAGUGGUGCUAUAAAGGUCACUGCAUGUGGAAGAAUGUCAACCAGGUGAAGCAGGAUGGCUCCUGGGGCUCCUGGACGAAAUAUGGUUCCUGUUCCCGCUCCUGUGGGACCGGGGUUCGCUUCAGAACUCGCCAGUGCAACAACCCAGUCCCCUCUAACGGCGGUGGGGACUGUCCCGGGGUGAAUUAUGAGUACCAGCUGUGUAACACCGAGGACUGCCCCAAACACUUUGAGGACUUCAGGGCCCAGCAGUGCCAGCUACGCAACUCCCACUUUGAGUUCCAGAACACCAAACACCACUGGCUGCCCUAUGAGCACCCUGACUGUGAGUAG